AUGCCUGUCAAGGCGAAGAAAACUUCGCUUACCAAGGCGCUAAUGGUAAUCAUGCUCGUCGUUCGUUCGACCAUGGGAAUGGCAACGGCAGAUCUGUCACCAGAGGAUGCCCUACGCACCUUCCAGGCAUCGGAUACAUUGGAUAUGGAUCUGACACCUCAUGUCUCGAAACAGAAGAGGUACUUGAGGUCGGCCGCGGAUGUGACGACAACCAGCACUGGUGAGUUGAGAAGACUAGUUUCUGAUCUCUCGGGUCUUAAGGAAUUUGGAAACUCUCUUGGAAAACAGGCGGUAGCCUUCCCUGCGAGACUGCGUCAAAGUGUAUCAGCAAUCUAUUCCAAGAUGAUGACAAGGAUUCGAGAGAAAUGGUGGCUGUGGGUUAACAAACAAAAAGAACCUAAGGAGGCCUUCACAUCUCUGCAGCUCGGCAAAUCGGGGAAAAACCCAUUUGAAAACCCAAAGUUUCCCGUGUGGAAAUAUAUCGUCGAGAAAACCACGCCAAAGGAAGAUGUGACCAAGGUGAUGUUCGAAACUAUGGUUCAUGCUUUCGCAGGUGAAGAUAAAGUGUACAAGGUCCUAGUUGAAGCAAAAAGUUUAACCAAAUACGAGAGCACGAUUGAGAGUCUUUACAACUAUCAGAUCGAACAGUGGGUUCACAACGAUGAUUACUCGCCGGAUUUGGUUUUCAAAAUUUUGGGACUCAACAAGAUAACAGAACUCGAUAAAUUACCUAGCCGCCCAGAAUUUAGCACUUGGGCUGCAUUCAAUACCAAAAAGAAGUCGGAGGAAAAGGCUUUCGAGUUCCUUAAAGAACCUGAAAGCACGACUAUGCAUACUGAUUUGAUGAGGGGCCUAGCUGACUUCGGCGAGGCCGAUGCCAACUUUAAAUUCGCUCAAGACCUGCUACGCUUUCAACUUCAGUUUUUGGAGAAGGAGGAAACAAGUCUGGAGUCAUCCUUCGAGCUUUUCAAUCUUCAAGAGAAGGGAACAUCAAACCCAACCGAUCUGACUACGGAUCUGCUUGGAAGACUUUGGGUCGACUUUGUGUACAUGAGAGCUCAGCGUGAAGAUGGCAGUAUAAGAUUCGGUGAAGUCUACGAUAAAUUCUUCGAUAAGAUUGGCCAUGACGCAGCCGUGGAUGUGAUGGAGAUGACAUACAAGGACGGCUAUUUCUUGAAAUCGCUGGAGAAGGAGAAACCCCUUAAGGGAAAAGAAGUUGUGUUUGAGGAGCUGUACGAAGCUAUACUUAAAGCAUUGGGAGGUGAAGGUGAGCUGGCCAAGGCCCUAGCUCACUCAACCAAAUUCGGGCACAUGAGCGAGAAUGUUUACAAGUAUCAGAUCGAUCAGUGGGACAAACGUGGAGUCACCACGGGAAGAGUUUUUGACAUUUUGGGACUCAACACAUUUAAGAAGUUUGAUGAAUUACCCAGCCGCCCAGAAUUCAGCAUGUGGGCUGCAUUCAAUACCGAAAAGAAGUCGGAGGAAAAGGCUUUCGAAUUUCUUAAAGGAUCAAAAGGCAGAAUUAUCAAUCUUGAUCUGAUGAGGACUCUUGCUAAAAUCGGCGAAGCCGAUGCAAACUUUGAAUUUGCUCAAGACCUGCUACGCUUUCAACUCCAGUUUUUGAAGAAGAAUACCAAAGUUAUGGAGUCAUCCUUCAAACUUUUCAAUCUUCAAGGGAAGGGAACAUCAAACCCAACCGAUCUGACUACGGAUCUGCUUGGAAGACUUUGGGUCGACUUUGUGUACAUGAGAGCUCAGCGUGAAGAUGGCAGUAUAAGAUUCGGUGAAGUCUACGAUAAAUUCUUCGAUAAGAUUGGCCAUGACGCAGCCGUGGAUGUGAUGGAGAUGACAUACAAGGACGGCUAUUUCUUGAAAUCGCUGGAGAAGGAGAAACCCCUUAAGGGAAAAGAAGUUGUGUUUGAGGAGCUGUACGAAGCUAUGCUUAAAGCAUUGGGAGGUGAAGGUGAGCUGGCCAAGGCCCUAGCUCACUCAACCAAAUUCGGGCACAUGAGCGAGAAUGUUUACAAGUAUCAGAUCGAUCAGUGGGACAAACGUGGAGUCACCACGGGAAGAGUUUUUGACAUUUUGGGACUCAACACAUUUAAGAAGUUUGAUGAAUUACCCAGCCGCCCAGAAUUCAGCAUGUGGGCUGCAUUCAAUACCGAAAAGAAGUCGGAGGAAAAGGCUUUCGAAUUUCUUAAAGGAUCAAAAGGCAGAAUUAUCAAUCUUGAUCUGAUGAGGACUCUUGCUAAAAUCGGCGAAGCCGAUGCAAACUUUGAAUUUGCUCAAGACCUGCUACGCUUUCAACUCCAGUUUUUGAAGGAGAAUUCUAAAGAUUUAAAAUCAUCCUUCAAACUUUUCAAUCUUCAAGGGAAGGGAACAUCAAACCCAACCGAUCUGACUACGCAUCCGCUUGGAAGACUUUGGGUCAACUACGUGUUUAUGAGAGCACAGGGCGAAAGUGGUAUUAUUGACUUUCGUGAAGUCUACAAAAGACUUAAGAAGCGUGUUGGCCAAGACGCAGCCGUAGCUGUGAUGAAAAUGGUGCACAAGGACGGCUAUUUCAUGAAAUCGCUGGAGAAGGAGAAACCUAUUAAGGGAGAUAAAGAUUUUGAUUCGUUUAUGAAGGACCUUCGAGAAAAGAUGGCAAAGAAUUCCAAGUGA